CAGUGCGGCCUGGUUGAGCAAAGAAAAACAAAAUGGCAACAUAUGGUGAAGAGCCAGUCGACAGAUACUUCUACUCCUCAUACAACCCUUACAUGGGUCGGUACGCCCGGCCCAGAGACGCAGGCUGGAAAUACAAAGGUUACUUCUCCCACUAUGGAGACGGCUCUGACGCGUUCAACAACCACCAGCGCGCCCAGCUGAAGUCCAUCCUGUCCCAAAUCAACCCCAAACUCACCCCGAGGCUCAGGAAGGCCAACACCAAGGACGUGGCGGUGCAGGUCAACCCCAAGAGGGACGCCUCGGUGCAGUGCUCCAUCGGCCCGCGGACCCUGCAGGUCGUGAAGCGCGACGUCCAGCGCAGGAGAAGGCAGGAGCCCGCCACGCCCAGCAGCCCCAAGGCAACGGGUGGCGUCCGUUACCCGCGGACGCUGGCCGUGUACUCCCCCAUUGCUUACCGGAGCGUCACGUCAUUCCUGGUGGACGACAACAACAACGUCAAAGACGCUUCCUCCGAGGCGGCGCCCACCGUAGAGCCCCACGGUGACCCGGGAGAGGCCACCGAGGGGAAGGAGGAGGAGGAGGAGAAGGAGGAGGAGGAGGGAUCGGACGCUGGUGAGGAUGGGAAGACGUUGAAGUCCCCGGAACAAAACCAGCUGCUGAAACCGAAGCUGCAGGUGAAGAGCGAGCUCGCGCCGCAAGUCGCGGAGGCAUCAAAGGGCAAGGCCCGCGUGCGCUUCCAGUUCCUGGAACAGAAAUACGGAUAUUAUCACUGCAGAGAAUGCAAUCUGCGAUGGGAGAGCGCCUAUGUGUGGUGCGUUCAGGGCACCAACAAGGUUUACUUCAAGCAGUUCUGUAGGAAAUGCCAGAAGGGCUUCAACCCGUACCGCGUGGAGGACAUCACAUGCCAUACUUGCAACAAGGCCCGCUGCUCCUGUGCCCUGACCCAGCGGCACGUUGAUCCCAAGCGACCCCACAGACAGGACUUGUGUGGCAGGUGCAAAGGCAAGCGGCUCUCCUGUGACAGCACGUUCAGCUUCAAAUACAUCAUCUGAGUCACCUCGACUUGGAG